AUGAAUCCGCUCCAUCUACUGAAGGUACUGCUUCUGAAUCCGGUGCCCAAUCUACUGAAGGUACUGCUUCUCAAUCCGGUCCAGCUGCCUCUGGUGCUGAAUCCACUGGUGCUUCUGAAUCCGGUGCCCAAUCUACUGAAGGUACUGCUUCUCAAUCCGGUGCUCAAUCUACUGGUGCUUCCGAAUCUGGUCCAGCUGCCUCUGGUGCUGAAUCUACUGGUGCUUCUGAAUCCGCUCCAUCUACUGAAGGUACUGCUUCUCAAUCUGGUCCAGCUGCCUCUGGUGCUGAAUCCACUGGUGCUUCUGAAUCUGGUCCAGCUGCCUCUGGUGCUGAAUCCACUGGUGCUUCUGAAUCCGGUGCCCAAUCUACUGAAGGUACUGCUUCUGAAUCCGGUGCUCAAUCUACUGGUGCUUCCGAAUCUGGUCCAGCUGCCUCUGGUGCUGAAUCCACUGGUGCUUCUGAAUCCGCUCCAUCUACUGAAGGUACUGCUUCUGAAUCCGGUGCUCAAUCUACUGGUGCUUCCGAAUCUGGUCCAGCUGCCUCUGGUGCUGAAUCCACUGGUGCUUCUGAAUCUGCUCCAUCUACUGAAGGUACUGCUUCUGAAUCCGGUGCUCAAUCUACUGGUGCUUCCGAAUCUGGUCCAGCUGCCUCUGGUGCUGAAUCUACUGGUGCUUCUGAAUCCGGUGCCCAAUCUACUGAAGGUACUGCUUCUCAAUCUGGUCCAGCUGCCUCUGGUGCUGAAUCCACUGGUGCUUCUGAAUCCGGUGCUCAAUCUACUGGUGCUUCCGAAUCUGGUCCAGCUGCCUCUGGUGCUGAAUCUACUGGUGCUUCUGAAUCCGGUGCCCAAUCUACUGAAGGUACUGCUUCUCAAUCCGGUGCUCAAUCUACUGGUGCUUCCGAAUCUGGUCCAGCUGCCUCUGGUGCUCAAUCUACUGGUGCUUCCGAAUCCGGUCCAGCUGCCUCUGGUGCUGAAUCCACUGGUGCUUCUGAAUCCGGUGCCCAAUCUACUGAAGGUACUGCUUCUCAAUCCGGUGCUCAAUCUACUGGUGCUUCCGAAUCUGGUCCAGCUGCCUCUGGGUGCUGAAUCCACUGGUGCUUCUGAAUCCGGUGCCCAAUCUACUGAAGGUACUGCUUCUCAAUCCGGUGCUCAAUCUACUGGUGCUUCCGAAUCUGGUCCAGCUGCCUCUGGUGCUGAAUCUACUGGUGCUUCUGAAUCUGGUCCAGCUGCCUCUGGUGCUGAAUCCACUGGUGCUUCUGAAUCCGGUGCCCAAUCUACUGAAGGUACUGCUUCCGAAUCUGGUCCAGCUGCCUCUGGUGCUGAAUCUACUGGUGCUUCUGAAUCCGGUGCCCAAUCUACUGAAGGUACUGCUUCUCAAUCCGGUCCAGCUGCCUCUGGUGCUGAAUCCACUGGUGCUUCUGAAUCCGCUCCAUCUACUGAAGGUACUGCUUCUGAAUCCGGUGCUCAAUCUACUGGUGCUUCCGAAUCUGGUCCAGCUGCCUCUGGUGCUGAAUCCACUGGUGCUUCUGAAUCCGGUGCCCAAUCUACUGAAGGUACUGCUUCUCAAUCCGGUCCAGCUGCCUCUGGUGCUGAAUCCACUGGUGCUUCUGAAUCCGCUCCAUCUACUGAAGGUACUGCUUCUGAAUCCGGUGCCCAAUCUACUGAAGGUACUGCUUCUCAAUCCGGUCCAGCUGCCUCUGGUGCUGAAUCCACUGGUGCUUCUGAAUCCGCUCCAUCUACUGAAGGUACUGCUUCUGAAUCCGGUGCUCAAUCUACUGGUGCUUCCGAAUCUGGUCCAGCUGCCUCUGGUGCUGAAUCCACUGGUGCUUCUGAAUCCGGUGCUCAAUCUACUGGUGCUUCCGAAUCUGGUCCAGCUGCCUCUGGUGCUGAAUCCACUGGUGCUUCUGAAUCCGCUCCAUCUACUGAAGGUACUGCUUCCGAAUCUGGUCCAGCUGCC